GCGCCUUUGGGCGUAGCCUUCAACAACGCAAUUUCCUGUCUCAGAUUCAGCCAAAAGAAAACCUACGCUACGUGUGGCUGUUAACCAUGUGCGUAGGCAUCGAUCGGGCGCUGAGGUAGGGUCGCGCAGAGGGGCAAUUCCCCCGCCGCACCUCGUGGGGCGCAGAGAGACGCGGCGCGCCUGUUGUCUGGCAGGCUAAAGAAGAGCAGCACGACCCGGGAACGGGGCUCGCCUCGCCGGGCCCGAACGCGCGGGCCAGAAACACAGUGGCGGCCUCCUGUGUCCGCCUGCUGUCGGUGUGUCUCCCCACCCCGCUGAGGAUGCAACCCGCGAGCGGCCGACCAAGAACGACCACGCCAAGGCCUCUGCUGGUGCGGCUGCCUCGUCCGGCGAACGCCACUCCGCAUCCGGCCCAGGCCCCCCGCGGCCUUCCAGGCCGGCGCAGGAGUCAGCGAAACGGCCACGGCGCCCACAAUCGGGCCGGCGCGGUUUCCGGGUUGUGUAUUUUAUUGCACAGGGCAGCGCCGCCACGUGCUCACGCAGUCAGUCACUGCGGGGGCCUGCCGGUCCUGUAUGUUCGGCAGCCCCAGCGUCGGCCCUGGCGCCGUCGCCCGGCGGGCAGAGACCUGCGUCCGCCCUUGCUGGUUCUGCUGGUCCGUUGGCCGUCGGCCCUUUCGUGCGUGCCCCCGUCUUCCGUAUGUGUGGCGCGCGCCUGCUUGCCAGCGAGCGCUGGGCCCGCCCGUCGCGGGAGCGCACCCGCCCUGGCGCCCGCUGUGGUAGGCUGCUGUGAAUGGCCCCAGUGGUCGGGGAUAGUGCUCCGAGCGCAUGGCCGGAGCAAAUAGCGGAUUGGCGCGCUCCUUUAGCGCCAACUUUCCACUCAUAU